AUGUCGACGAAUAACGUAGUCUGUGUGACAGGGGCAGGCGGGUUUUUAGCUUCAUGGCUUGUGAAGCUUCUCCUCUCCAAGGGCUAUAUUGUUCAUGGCACCGUCAGAAAUCCUGCUGAUGACAAAAAUGUUCAUUUGAGGAACCUCGACAAUGUGGCUGGAAAACUGAAACUCUUCAAGGCAGACUUGCUGGAUUAUGGCUCAAUUUCUGCAGCCAUCAAAGGAUGCAAUGGAGUAUUCCAUGUUGCAAGUCCAGUUCCACCAGGCUCUGUACCAAAUCCCGAGGUAGAACUGGUUGAGCCUGCUGUAAAAGGUACACUUAAUGUACUCAAGGCAUGCUCUGAAGCAAAUGUCGGGCGUGUUGUAUAUGUAUCAUCAAGUGCUGCUGUUUUGAUGAACCCUAACAAGCCCAAGGGUCAAGUAAUAGAUGAGACUUGUUGGUCAGACAGAGAAUACUGCAGAUCAUCAAAUAACUGGUAUUGUCUUUCCAAAACAUUAGCAGAGAGUGAGGCUUGGGAAUAUGCAAAGAGAAGUGGACUUGAUGUCGUAACUGUUUGUCCAACCACCGUGUUAGGGCCAAUGCUGCAGAACACAGCAAAUUCUAGUAGUCUAGUUCUUAUUAAGCUUUUGAAAGGAUAUGAGGAAAUGGAAAACAAAACCCGGCUGAUAGUUGAUGUCCGAGAUGUAGCUGAAGCACUAAAAUUGGUAUAUGAGAAACCUGAAGCUGAAGGUAGAUACAUUUGUUCUGCUCACACGGUCAAAACUAAGGAUAUCGUGGAAAAAUUGAUGAAAAUCUAUCCCAACUAUAAAUAUCCCAAGCGUUUUACAGAGGGAGCAGAAAUGGGAAAUCUCAGUUCAGAAAAAUUGCAAAGGCUGGGUUUGAAAUAUAAGCCACUCGAAGAAACUCUUGUUGAUUCUGUUGAGAGCUACAAACAGGCUGGGGUACUGGAUUGA